CACUGACAUUUUCUACCUUCAAACUUCAUCGAUAAGAAUGAAUGAAAUUCAAAAUUACUGCAGGUUAAUCCAUUGAUUUACUAUGUAAAGUAAACAUUUUUCUCUUAUUUAUCUAUAAAUGAAAUAACGUGUACAUGAUUCAUAUUUUAAAUUGAUAAAAAAUGGGCUCUUGUGUAUUUGGAUUACAAAAUCUUUUUUCACUUGCUUCUCGCGAGCGAUGUAUGGUAAAUUUGAAAAAGUUUCGUGUGCCAAUGUCAAAAAUUGCAAAGUUACCUACGUCUACAGCAGCUGUUCUAGUGCCGAUAUGUCGUUAUAAAGAUGAUGCUGCUCUUCUGUAUACCGUAAGGUCCACGAAAUUAAGUAGUCAUAGUGGACAAAUUUCUUUUCCGGGAGGAAAGACCGACAAGGGCGAGACACCUGUUGAAACCGCAUUGAGGGAAACUGAGGAAGAAAUAGGCAUUUCGUCUUCUAAAAUAGACGUUUGGGGUCAGGGACCUGCAUUCCCAGGACGGAACUAUAAGAUAAUGAUAACUCCUGUUAUAGGUUGUAUCUCAAAUUUAAAUCCUGAAGACCUACUUAUAAACGAAAAGGAAGUAUCGGAAGUUUUUGCAGUACCAUUGCAUGUGUUAUGUGAUGCAAAAAAUCAAUAUUACACCCAAUUUAAAAAUGGUGCCAUCCUACCUGUAUUUCUGGCUGAGGAUUAUAAAAUAUGGGGCGUAACUGCAUAUAUAACACACGUUUUUCUGAGUUGCUUGUUACCAAAAGACGUUUAUAGAAAUGAUUGGAUGAAGAAGAAAAUUAUAUUAAGUGAACAAUAAAUAGUUAAUAAUUUAUUUCAAAUAUUAGAAAAUUAGACUUUGUACAGUUUUAUUUAUGUGUUGAUGAAAUCAAUAUCACAAUUGUUAUAAUUUUAUACCUUUGAAUAUGUGAUGAAUAGAUAAGAACUUGCCAUCACCAAGAUUAAGGUGACCUCAACAAUUAAUUAUUCCAAUUUCAUUGAACAAAAUAUCAGUAAAGGAUUAUAUUUUAUUGAUUCUUUGGAAUAAUUGUGAUACAAAUAUUUAUAUUUUUAUACAAUAAAUACUAUUUCAUAUGUUUGAAAAUUUUUAUUAAAAGUACAAAAGCUACAUAUUAUCACAUUAGCAUUUGGCAUACCUUUAUAAGCUUUUAUAAAAUACAUUCAACAUAUUUAUAUCUAAUUUAUAAAAAGAAAACUAAGAAAACAAAGAAAAAAAACAAGGAACUCACCAAAUGACAAGGUCAUUAAAAAAUUAUAGGAAAAGGAAAAUAAAAUAAAACUCAAAUAAAAAAAUAAUAAUAUUAAUCCAGGUUUAUUCCUUAACAUUUACAUUAUAAUCUAGUUAAUAUUUUAUACAUUGUCCAAUUGACAUGUUGAUGUCUUUCGCCCUUUACUAUGGUAUAUGUACUAAAAAGGUAUUGGAACUGUUCUACAUUUCUUCUAAAAACAAUUAUUAAAAGAAAUAUACUACAGUUAAUCUAUUGUUAGGUGGUUUGAUUUAAAGCCUCACAUUUAUAAAUCUAGAUGUUUCUAGAAAACAUGUUUCACAAAAAACAAGGAAUAGUAAGUACUUCUUUAAGGUAACUUUGAGGCAAGAGCGAAACGCUAAAAAAUAAAAUGUUAAGGCAGAGGAUAAAACAAUGGCGAUGUUACUUAUCUAUAACUAAACUACGUCCAGAAC